GCCGGCGAGCUCGCCGACGCCGCGGGCGCCGUCAUCCUGAAAUACUGGCGCAAACCGAUCGAGGUCGUGAGCAAGAUCGACGCCGGGCGGCCCGUCGCCGAGUCUCCCGUGACCGCCGCGGACCGCGGCGCCGAGGAGGCCAUGCGCGCGCUCAUCGCCGCGCGCUACCCGGCGCACGCCGUCGUCGGCGAAGAGUGCGGCGCGACGGGCGACCCGGAGACCGCCGAGUGGACCUGGGUCCUGGACCCCGUCGACGGCACGAAGUCGUUCAUCACGGGCAAGCCGCUCUUCGGCACGUUAAUCGCGCUCCUCCGCUUCAAGGAGCCGGCCCUCGGCGUCGUCGACCAGUGCGUGUUGCGGGAGCGCUGGGUCGGCGCCAACGGCGCGACGACCCUCAACGGCGCGCCCGCGCGCGCCGCGCGCGCGCCCGAGGUGCCCCUCGGCGAGGCCAUGGUCUACGCGACGACGCCCGAGAUGUUCGCGCCGGGGUUCGAGGCCCGCGCCUUCGCGGGUUUGCGAAGCCGCGUCAAGCGCACGCUCUACGGCUGCGACUGCUACGCCUACGCGCUCUGCGCGUCGGGCUUCGUCGGUUUGGUCUGCGAGGCGGACCUGCAGCCCUACGACUACCUCGCGCUCGUGCCCGUCGUCGCGGGCGCCGGGGGCAAAAUCACGGACUGGCGCGGCGCGCCCCUCGGCUGGGGCGACGCCAGCGGGGGGCGCGUGCUCGCGGCGGCGACGCCGAAGCUCCACGCGGCCGCGCUCGCCGCGCUC